AUGUCUCAGUUCACCUUCAAACGCAAAUGGGCGGCCAUUAUGAUGGAAAUGGCGGAUUCGAACCCAGGCUGCCACGGCGACAACCGCAAUUUCAAGCAAAGGCUGGUCGAACUGAAAGUUCUCGAGAGACUCGACGACAAGCAAAGACGUUUGCAGCAGCGGGAGACAGAACUCGAUAUCAAGCAGACUCGGCUGGAGCGAUGUGAGAAGGAGCUCGAACAGUCCCGUGCCUACUUUGUAGACCUGUGGGACGACGUCCACGAACGCCAAGUGGCCCUCAAGGAAGACGAGAAGCUCCUCAAACAGGGAGAGAAGCUGGUCAAAGAGGGCGAGAACCAGAACGAAACCCACUCCCACUCCCAGCAGCAACACCCGGUUGCCGACACCCGCGAUGCCCGCCUCGACACCCCCGAGGUUAUCUCCAACGAGGAGUCGGACAGCGACGAAGAGACACUUGGCGACAGCCUGAUGCGGUCUCUCCGCAAGAAGUUUCCAAACGGGCGUGCUUCGAACACUGAGGGCGUCGUCAAGACCAAGCAAAUUGACGAGGUUCCCUCCUCCGGGCUCGACUGGUUCAAGGCUCGCUGCGCCUCCGUCGAGGCCGAACUCGACCAACCCAAAGUUCGGCUGGACACUAAAAGUGUCCACCCCAAGCUGGAGGCGGUUGAGGCCCACUACAAGUCAAUUUUUACUCCUCUCAAGUUCCACGACAAGCCCCCCCGCGCCGAGGCUGCCUGCAGGCCUCACGAGGACUCAUACGACCGAUCCAACCCCUCCUCCGCACUGCCGACACUGCGCAGGCGCAGCUCGAAACAAGCGCCCGGGUGA